AUGAAAAAACGUUUUGGUGGAAACCGUAUCCAAACGUAUCUGGCCGUUAUUUCCUUAUUGCUGUAUAUUUUUACUAAAAUUUCUGUGAAUUUAUACUCUGGCUCUCUGUUCUUAGCAGAAGCCUUGGAGUGGGAAACAUGGUUGUCAAUUAUUAUACUUCUCAGUAUUACAGCUCUUAUAACAGUAACAGGUGGACUUGCUGCUGUCUUAUACACUGAUACCCUUCAGUUUUUUGUUAUGAUCUUUGGUGCCACUGUGCUAACCAUAUUAAGUUUUAUCAAAGUUGGUGGCUUUCAAGGACUUCUUGAUGCAUAUGGUGGAGCGAUUGCCGAAGUCGACAUCUCAUCGAAUGAUGGAAAAAACUUAUUGAAUUCAAUGAUAUCAACAGUUAAGACAAAAAAUAUAACAUCAUUAUUCGAGUUAUCUAGUGAACCAGGCGUUGAUUCUCGUUUAAAAUGCAAUCUUCCGUCACGAAAAGCGUUUAGGUUACUUAGAGAAAUUAAUGAUCCAGAUAUGCCAUGGCUCGGCUUCUUGCUUGGACAAACUCCUUCUUCCAUUUGGUAUUGGUGUGCUGACCAGAUGAUGGUUCAACGUACAUUAGCAGCAAAGAGUUUAUCACAUGCACAAGGUGCAACAUUAAUGACUGGGAUCAUAAAACAACUUCCAAUAUUUAUUAUGGUAAUUCCAGGAAUGAUAAGUCGUGUAUUAUAUCCAAAUGAAAUUGGUUGCUUUCCUGGUUCUGAUUGCCUUAAAGUUUGCGGACAUCGUAGUGGUUGUUCUAAUAUGGCAUAUCCAAAACUUGUGAUCGAUUUAAUGCCGUCUGGUCUCAGAGGUCUAAUGUUGACUGUAAUGCUUGCAGCUUUAAUAUCCGAUCUAACUUCAGUUUUCAACUCUGCCAGUACACUAUUUACAGUAGAUAUUUAUCAGAAAUGGCGAAAAAAUGCUCAAAAUGUUGAAUUGAUGAUUAUUGGUCGUGCAUUUAUUGCUGUACUAGUUGGCGUAAGUAUCACAUGGGUUCCGAUAAUACAACAAUCUCAAGGAAGUGAACUGUAUAUCUAUAUUCAAGCAAUUGCUGCCUAUCUAACACCUCCUAUAGCAUCAGUAUAUUUAUGCGCUAUAUUAUGGAAACGGUGUAAUGAAAAGGGAGCGUUUUUCGGUUUAAUUUAUGGCUUAAUGAUUGGUUUCAUUCGAAUGAUUUUGACAUUUGUUUACACUGAUCCAAUAUGUGGUGAAGUGGAUACACGACCAUGGAUUAUAACAAAAAUUCAUUAUAUGUAUUUUGCUGUAUUCUCAUUUACAACUACAAUGAUUUUAGUUGUGAUCAUUUCAUUGUGUUGUGGUGCAUUACCAACUCCGGAUCAAUUGUAUCGAUUAACCUAUUGGACUGCAUGGGAUUCAAAUGAAGAAAAUUGUAAUAAUCAAAUGCGCGAUUUAUCCAUUUCGUCUAAUUCUCAAUUACAAAUGAAUAAGAAAAUCUCACCUAUUCCAGAUUCUGAGUUGAAAUCGGUUCAUUUAUCAGAAUUAGAGGCCAAUGUCAAUGAACCGAAUUCAAGAAAUCUAUUCAAAUCUAUUUGUUUAUGGUUAUGUGGUGUUGGAAAUUCACCUUGUCAAAAGUCUUCUGAAGUGACUGACAAAGUUGUCUUACGUGAACAACAAGAAAUCACUCAGUCUAGACUAAGAAAAAUAGCCAGUCUUCGUCAAAAUCCUCUAGCGAAAUUAGGAUUACGAAUCGGACUAGUUGCUAUUAUAUGCUUGACUAUUUUUGCUUACAUAUUUUACUCUUUAUAUUUCGAUGAACUAACCAUCGGUCCAUUACCAAUUCGAGGCAACUUGUCUUCUUUCAAUGAGCACAUGAAGUUUAUUAAUUAUUUGCAAAAACAUAACAUGAUAAUAUUUCGGUAA